AUGACAGCAUCGGGGGAUGGGCUGUUGACCCUUGUGGAUGAAGAUUCGGCAGGGCUGCUCCCUUCGGGUGUUAUUGCCACUGACGAAUCAGGCCCAGAGUUGACAGCCAUGCUUGCCCAGGCAGCUGUGACUAUCAGCCAGGAAAUCAUCAAAGAAGAUGACGAAGUGGCCCUGACACAGGCAACUCAGCGAUGUGGUAAACUCCAUCCCCAGAUAGCCCAGGUAGACCUGUUUGCUUCCCAGCAGUCCCCAGACUGCCAGCUGUACUAUUCCCUGACUCAGGCCCCCUUGGGCAUGGAUGCACUGCCACACAGCUGGCCUCGGGCUCUACGCAAGUACCUCAGACCCUCCAUGCUCCAGCAUCUGCUGCGCCGACUGGUGUUUGACGUCCCGUUGUUGUCUGAAUACUGUAAGAUGCCUCUAAAGCUGUUGACGAAUCAUUACGAGCAGAACUGGAAGUAUUACUGUCUGCCGUCCGGAUGGGGGAGUUACGGUCAAGCGUCCGAGGAGGAGCUGCUACUUACCAAGAAGAUCUUUUGGGGAAUCUUUGACUCUCUGUCUCAGAAGAAGUAUGAGCAGGAUCUGUUUAAGAUGGCCAUGCCGUGUCUGAGUGCCAUCGCUGGAGCUCUGCCGCCGGACUACAUCGACUCCACGCUCAGCACCACGCUGGAGAAACAGGUGUCUGUCGACACGCAGGGAAACUUCAACCCCAGACCCGUAAACACAGCCAACAUCUGCCUGCCGGAGAAGCUGGAGUACAUCGCAAACAAAUACGCUGAACAUUCCCAUGAGAAAUGGGCUGCUGAGAAGGUGCUUCUGGGCUGGAAACAUGGAGAAAACAUCGACGAGAAAGCAAAAACUCAUCCGAUGCUGAGAUCCUACAAGUCCCUGACAGAGAAGGAGAAGGAGAUGUAUUGCUGGACGGUGCGCGAGUCCUUGAAGAGCAUGUUAGCGAUGGGCUGGAGCAUCGACCGCACCAGAGAAGAAGACAGCGUGUUCCAGCAGAGAGAGAUGGAGAAGAUGCGCCGCAUCUCACAGGCCUCUCAGGGUAACGGCUUCAAUCCAAACCCGCUGGACAUGAGCAGCGUCCUUCUGUCCAGAGAACUGCAGUCGAUGGUUGAGGUCGUAGCUGAAAACUAUCACAACAUCUGGGCCAAGAAGAAGAAGAGUGAUCUGUGCAGCAGAGCCACAGGAGGAGCUCAUCCGCUGCUGGUGCCCUACGACACGCUCACGGCCAAAGAGAAGACCAGAGACCGCGAGCGAGCGCAGGAUCUCUUCCGCUUCCUGCAGAUCAACGGAUACGCCGUCAGCAGGCGUCUGAAGCACAUGGAGCAGGACUCGUCUUCGAUGGAGAAACGCUUCGCCUACCGCUUCCUGAAGAAGCUGCUGAAGUACGUGGACUCGGCGCAGGAGUUCAUCGCUCACCUCGAGGCGAUGGCUACCAGCGGAAAGAAUGACAGAUCGCCACAUGAACAGGAAAUCAAGUUCUUUGCUAAGGUGCUCCUCCCCCUCAUAGACCAGUACUUUAAAAACCACUCGCUCUACUUCCUGUCGUCACCCACUAAGAAUCUGAGCAGCAGCGGAUACGCGUCGAACAAAGAGAAGGAGAUGGUCACCAGUCUGUUCUGUAAGCUGGCCACUCUGGUUAGACACAGGAUCUCUCUGUUUGGAAGUGACUCCACCACGAUAGUCAGCUGUCUGCACAUCCUCGCACACACGCUGGACACCAGGACUGUGAUGAAGUCCGGAUCGGAGCUGGUCAAGGCCGGUUUGAGGACGUUCUUUGAGAGCGCGGCUGAAGAUCUGGAGAAGACGCUGGAGAACCUGAAGCUGGGGAAGUUCACGCACUCCCGCAGUCAGAUGAAGGGCGUCUCGCAGAACAUCAACUACACCACAGUGGCUCUGCUGCCCAUCCUGACCGCUCUGUUCGAGCACAUCACUGAACACCAGUUCGGCUCCGACCUUCUGCUGGAUGAUGUGCAGGUGUCGUGUUAUCGGAUCCUGACCAGUUUAUACUCGCUGGGGACGGGGAAGAACAUCUACGUGGAGAGGCAGCUGCCGGCGCUGGGGGAGUGUUUGGCGACUCUAGCCGGUGCGAUGCCCGUGGCGUUUCUGGAGCCGCAGCUAAACACACACAACCCCUGCUCCGUCUUCAACACCAAGACGUCUCGAGAACGAGCUCUGGUCGGGCUGCCGGAGUCGGUGGAGGACGUGUGUCCUGAGAUGCCUCGUCUGGACGGUCUGAUCAAGGACAUCACUGACGUGUCAGAGUCCGGCGCGCGCUACACAGAGAUGCCGCACGUCAUCGAGGUGGUGCUGCCCAUGCUGUGUAAUUAUCUGUCGUACUGGUGGGAGCGAGGCCCGGAGAACCGUCCCCGUCCCGCAGGCGUCUGCAGCAGCACCGUCACCUCCGAACACCUCAGCCUCGUCCUCGGGAACAUCCUCAAGAUCCUCAACAGCAACCUGGGCAUCGACGAGGCCUCCUGGAUGAAGCGCAUCGCAGUGUACGCUCAGCCCAUCAUCAGUAAGGCGCACGCUGAUCUGCUGAAGACACACUUCUUGCCGACGCUGGAGAAGCUGAAGAAGAAGACGGUGAAGGUGGUGUCGGAGGAGGAGCUUCUGAAAGCUGAUGGGAAGGGCGACACCCAGGAGGCGGAGCUUCUGAUCCUGGAUGAGUUUGCAGUGCUGUGCAGAGAUCUGUACGCCUUCUACCCCAUGCUCAUCCGCUACGUGGACAACAACAGGUCUCGGUGGCUGAAGGAGCCGGACACAGAUUCCAACGAGCUCUUCAGGAUGGUCGCAGAGAUCUUCAUCCUGUGGUGUAAAUCACACAACUUCAAGAGGGAAGAGCAGAACUUUGUGGUUCAGAACGAGAUCAACAACCUCUCGUUCCUCACCGGCGACAGUAAAACCAAGAUGGCAAAGUCAUUCCUCCCCAAGGCUGGUGGUCAGGAUCAGGAGCGGAAGCAUAAGAAGCGCCGUGGAGACUUUUACUCCGUCCAGACGUCUCUGAUCGUGGCGGCGCUGAAGAAGAUGCUUCCCAUCGGUCUGAACAUGUGCACGCCGGGAGACCAGGAGCUCAUCCUGCUGGCUAAGACACGAUACGGCCUGAAGGACACAGAUGAAGAGGUGAAGGAGCACAUCAGACAGAACCUGCACCUGCAGGAGAAGUCGGCGGAUCCGGCUGUUCAGUGGCAGCUCAACCUCUAUAAGGAUGUGAAGGUGAAGACAGAUGACACUCUGGAUCCGGAGCGGAGCAUUGAGAGAAUCCAGAGCAUCUCAGCCGCUGUAUUCCACCUUGAGCAGGUUGAGCAGCCGUUGCGCUCUAAGAAGUGUGUUUGGCAGAAGUUGUUGUCUAAGCAGCGGAAGCGAGCCGUUGUGGCGUGUUUCAGAAUGGCUCCGCUCUACAACCUGCCCAGGCAUCGCUCUAUUAACCUGUUCCUCACGGGCUACCAGCGGCUCUGGAUCGAGGCAGAGAUGUACUCGUUUGAGGAGAAGCUAGUGCAGGAUCUGGCAAAGACGAAGACUGAUGAAGAGGAGGAGGAGAUCACAGACACUCAGCCAGACCCUCUUCAUCAACUCAUCCUGCACUUCAGUCACAACGCACUGACAGAACGCAGCUCACUAGAAGAGGAUCAGCUGUACAUCGCAUAUGCAGACAUGAUGGCUAAGAGCUGUGCUGAAAAUGAGGAAGAGGAUGAGGAAGGAAAAGAAAAAACAUUUGAGGAGAAGGAGAUGGAGAAGCAGAAGACUCUGUACCAACAGGCCCGACUCCAUGACAGAGGAGCAGCAGAGAUGGUCUUACAGAUGAUCAGCGCUAGUAAAGGUCAUUUGGGUCCAAUGGUCACGUUCACGCUGAAGCUCGGCAUCUCCAUUCUCAACGGUGGAAACAUCACAGUCCAGCAGAAAAUGCUGGACUAUUUGAAGGAGAAGCGAGAUGUGGGUUUCUUCAAGAGUCUGUCAGGACUGAUGCAGUCGUGCAGUGUUCUGGAUCUGAACGCGUUCGAGCGUCAGAAUAAGGCCGAGGGUUUGGGGAUGGUGACUGAGGAAGGCUCCAUCAACGUGAGGGAGCGCGGCUCUAAAGUUCUUCAGAAUGACGAGUUCACCAGAGAUCUGUUCAGGUUCCUGCAGCUCCUGUGUGAGGGACACAAUAACGACUUCCAGAACUUUCUCAGGACGCAGACAGGAAACACGACCACAGUCAAUAUAAUC